AUCCGAGAACACACGCUCGCUCCCCUCCCCUCCUCUCCAGUCUCCACGCCCGUUUUCCCCCAUGGCGCUGCCGUCCUCCGCCUCCGCCGGCGAGCGGUGGCCGCCGCUGGAGUCCAGCCCCGACGUAUUCAAUCAGUUCAUGUGGUCGCUGGGCGUCCCGGGGGACGAGGCGGAGUUCCACGACGUGUACGGGCUCGACGCCGACGCGCUAGAGAUGGUGCCACAGCCUGUGGUCGCCGUCAUUCUCUGCUUCCCCGAUCCACCAUCCCAGGAUGCAAUUAAUCCUUCAGAACGAGUCUUAUAUACCGGAGACAAGGGCACUAUUGGAGGGGGGAAAGACCAUUAUGCCCUCAACAUAUUUGUUUCAUGCCUUGUGCAACAGGAAACUUGGGAUCAGGUGUACUUCAUACAACAGAUUGAGUCACUGGGAAAUGCUUGUGGAACUAUAGGUCUACUCCAUGCUGUUGGAAAUGCAUCUUCAGAAAUCAGUUUAGUGGAUAAUUCAUGUUUGGACUUGUUCUUCAAAUCAACAGCCAGGAUGGACCCAUACGAGCGUGCUGUUUAUCUUGAGAAGGACGAUGCCAUGACAAGGGCUCACUCAUUGGCUGCCAGUGCUGGUGUCACAGAGCUCUGCGAUGUUGUAGAAGAACACUAUAUUUGUUUUGUGGCUGUCAAUGGAACACUUUAUGAGCUUGAUGGAAUGAAGCAUGGACCAAUAAAGCAUGGCUCCUCAUCUUCCAAAAGUUUACUGCAGGAUGCUGUGCAUGUCAUUAAGGCCAUCAUGCUCAGCAUUCCCAAUUCGAUCAAUUUCAAUGUCAUGGCACUAUCAAGAAAAGCCAGGAACUGAUGGAAUAUGAUAAAGCUUGGCUCGAAGAGAAGGUGAUUAGAAAACUGGGGAUUUGGACUGGAGCUGCCACUAUUCUCUUUAAAGGGUGUUUGGACUUCAUGUGUCUUCUUCCAUUCUCUGUGCGCCCUCUUAAAGGUAGUAUCGUUUUAGAUGACAUUCAGUCAUUUUUUCCCCUUGGUAGUAGCAACAUUUAAUCAAAUUAUCAGUUCUCAGUGAAUGCAAAGGGAUUUCAAUAUCUGCUACUCCAUUGUUUCACAAUGUUUAUUCAUAGCCUACAGUGCGCACUGAGUAAGAAAGUAUUCGGAUU